AUGACUCGACUAGACGAUUCCAAGGACCGGCAAAACCCCAAAGAUAAAGACGAGGAUCUGCAAGCGAGUUGGGAUGCAACUCCUCGUUCGAGGCCACCGCAAAGUCCCUUGCCGCGACCGUUAUCACAAUCACAAUGGACAUUAAGACCACCGAAACUUCCAUUUCUCAAUGCAGUGCCGCGUAUAUCAUCGUCUUCUCUGCCUGCGGCAAUUUCUGCCCCUACAGUUCGAGACAUAUUGCGUCAAAAGGUUGUUUUGAAGCCAAAUCAUUCCCCUUUAGAUUGGGCCAAAAUAAAUCGUAAAGAAGCAAAGAACGUAUUACGAGGUGUUGGUGACAAUUUCCCGCCACCUCAAUGUGUCAAGAUCUCCAAAGCUGAGCUACAAAAGCAUACAUCCAAACGGGACUGUUGGACAUGUAUAAAUGGUAAAGUAUUCAAUAUUACACCAUAUUUGAAUUACCAUCCGGGUGGAGUUGAUGAGAUUAUGAAAUGUGCUGGUAGAGAUGGAACCUCAUUGUUUAAUAAAUACCACAGGUGGGUUAAUGAUAGUGGAGCAGCACUGACUACUGACACCAUCGAACAACACCAUCGAACAAUACUAUCGAACAACACCAUCGAACAAUACUGUCGAACAACACCAUCGAACAAUACUGUCGAACAACACUAUCGAACAACACCAUCGAACAAUACUGUCGAACAACACUAUCGAACAACACCAUCGAACAAUACUGUCGAACAACACUAUCGAACAACACCAUCGAACAAUACUGUCGAACAACACUAUCGAACAACACCAUCGAACAAUACUGUCGAACAACACUAUCGAACAACACCAUCGAACAAUACUAUCGAACAACACCAUCGAACAACACCAUCGAACAAUACUAUCGAACAACACUAUCUCGCUCUGCUCGAUAGUGCUGUGACAGGCUAG